AUGAACUCAGCAAAAUUCUUCCAUUUUCGCACAGGAAAUGAUGAAAUUUUACUCGCUCCUUCUCAAGGCAAAAAGCGCAAGUAUACGUAUGUCAACGGUAUCUUCAACUUCAAAGGAUAUAAACCAUAUAGCCUUUGUGUUUUAAUUGAUACAGGCGCAACCACCAGUUGUUGUCGAUUUAAUGCCCUACCUUCAGAAAAAUGGCAGCAAAUGGAACACCCCAUUGGUGUUCAAGGCAUUGAUGCUGAAGCUCCCCUGAAUGUUAUUCAGUUUAAAGCAAAAGACGUUGCUAUCUGGCUUAAUGAUAAAAAGUUCAUUAUCCCAAAAAUUCUUUGCUUCCCCUAUAUGCAUGGUGAUUUCAUUCUAGGAUGUAACUUUAUCUAUAGUUACCUUCCUUUGCAGUUAAAAGAAAAAACUAUUUCUUUAACUCUAAAAGACCAAACCGUCGUUGAAAUCCCAAUUCAAGAGAAUUUAGCUUCUGUUUGUAAUGAAAAGUUCUAUCCACCCAAACGAGAUACUGACUUACUAGUCCUUGCUGAUACUCAUUGGUUAUAUGCAUCUUUACGCCAAAAUUUUUCCGAUAAUCCACUUACCCUGUGGAAAAGAAGUCCUCGAUUUUGCAGCCUGAAACUCAAAAAUCAGAAUGUUAUUAUUCGAGUUAAACCAAUGAUAUACCUUCGAAGAGACAUUGAUGAAUUUGACGCACAACUUCAAGAGCUCCUUGAGAAAAAACUCAUUGAACGCACACGCAGUCCACAUAGCAGCCCCGCAUUUAUGGUUAGAAACCAUAGUGAACUCAAACGCGGUAAAGCCCGUAUGGUCAUCAACUAUAAAUGGCUUAAUGAGCAUUUGAUAUUUGAUGGUUAUUUUAUCCCACGCAAAGAUGUUCUGAUCAAUCAAACCCGUGGAGCUAAAAUCUUUAGUAAGUUUGAUUGUAAAGCAGGCUUUUGGCAGAUCAAACUGAGAAAGAAGUCAAAGCCCCUUACGGCGUUCAGUACCCCUCACGGCCACUAUCAAUGGACCGUUAUGCCUUUUGGUCUCAACACAGCACCACAAAUCUAUCAACGAUGGAUGGAUUCUAUCUUUAAUGAUCUUAAAGAUUUUGUUGUUGUUUACAAAGAUGAUAUUUUAGUUUUCUCUAAAACUAGAGACGAACAUAAAAAACAUCUUCUUUGUCUUUCAAAAAAACUGAAGACUUACGGAAUCAUCUUAUCUCCAACCAAGAUAGAUGUUGAAAAAGAAUCUAUUGAUUUUCUGGGAUUAGUUUUAACCCACAAAGGUAUAAAACUACAGGAUCAUAUAAUUAUUAAGAUCCGUGAUUUUCCUGACAUUAUUCAAGAUAAAAAGCAACUUCAAAGCUUUUUGGGCAUCUUGAAUUAUGAACGCGCUUUUAUUAAAGGGUUAGCUCAAAAGGAACUUCCUUUAUUAAAGAAGCUACAGAAAAAUGUCACUUUUGAAUGGACUGAUAGUGAUACCACCAUUAUCCAACAAAUCAAAGUUGAUUUAGUCCAUAUCCCUGAAGUAUAUUUUCCUCAAACAGGAGAUAAACUUAUUCUUGAAAUAGAUGCCUCCGAGCUCUGUUGGGGAUGUGUUUUAAAAGCCAUUCCUAAAGAAAAAUGGAUUGAUGACACUUCGUCCUAUCCCGUGAUCCGAGCUCGUAAAGCUCCAAUAACCAAACUCCUUCAAAGAGAAGAGUUAAUUUGUGGAUACAAUUCUGGGAAAUUUAAACCCAAUGAACUGAAUUAUAUCAUUUAUGAAAAAGAACUUCUGAUGGAUGAAAACAAUUUUUCACCAAAGGAUAAAGAUGGUUGGAUCACUGUUGCUAAAAAAGCAAUAUCUAAACCAAGUCCAUCACAACCACACAAAUGGUUCGUGGUUUUUGCAGGUCACCAGCCUGGCAUCUAUGAAACCUGGAAUGACUGUCACAAACAGCUUCGUUCAUUUAAUGGUUCUUGCUUUAAAGCUUAUGACACGUUUAUAGAAGCCCAAACAGUUUUCUAUAAUGUGUGA